CAAUUAAGAAAUAUCGUGUACGGAUACAAGAGGACGCAGAAGGAACCUUCUGCGCAAUCCGUUGCGCAAGCACAAAUUACGUGUGGUGGAUGUAUGCAAACUGCAAACCCAAAGUAAUAAGUAAUACAAAAAAAACUCAAGCUCUAACACUACCACAGUGUCGACGGUAUAGGCGUAAUCGCCUGUAUAAGUACCCGAAGUGUGGGCGACUUAAAAAGAAUAAAGAAUAACCGAGGUCUAACACUAUCACAGUGUCGACGAAAUGUAAGCUACCUACAAACGAAGAAAGAGAAGUGGAGAGAAGAUCCGUGUGAAACCGAGAAAACCUAUGACCGACAGAGGGAUAUCCGGAGAUGGGCAGACUAUUUGUACUUCCAUUUCCAGAGCUCCGAGUGUAGUGCUAGGAAAUUUCGGAUAAGGAGGCAGUGACGGAGGGAAGUAUUAGGAAAGAACGAAACUCGAUCAGGAGGAGGAUGGGCUUCCCUAAGAUGGAGUUUCAGGAUAGAUCGUGAAGGGUGGUUACGGUGCAUGAUCAAUCCGAAUAAGAUAAAGACAAGUAGAAAUGUCAGGAUAUAUCGAUAUGCUGCUACAGGCAAUUAUCAACGUUUCACGUUAGGCUGACUAUUUGAGAAACUGGACUCUUUGCCCCGAUGGCAUAGUCAGUUGAGUGCGUUGCUCAUCGUGGUGCUGUUAGUUUUUUUUAUUUCAUGUUGAAAAAGCUCAGUGACUGGCGUCUUUCUAAAAGCGCAUAUUUAGUCGACUGAAAAAAAAAACGAUUUUCUGCAAACUUUAGCCGCUCUUACUUUCAGUUUCAAAUAAAAAAGUAACCGCAUCACGGUGAUCAGUGCCAUCAGUUGAAUAUGUCUGGGAAAUUUUUCGAACUAAACAGUCCAAUCUUCAAAAAGUUAGACAAGCAGAAAACACUCAUACUACGGCAAAGAUUCGCUUGGACACCAUUUAAAAGGCUACACUUUAAGCUAUAAAGGCAGGGAAAAAUUAAAGGUUUUGGUCUAAAUUAAAUCGCGUUGUUUUCGUGUCUCAUAACAAUAAACAUUUUUCAGAGAAGAACUGUCUUAUUUAUUUUAAACUUUCUUUUACGUACACAUAGGUGCAAAAGUGCGUACUGUCAAUUACGAUUGCUCAUCAGAAAAUGUUCGUCUUGUCAGUUACCUUAUUCUCAACUGUAAGACACUUGAAGGUUUUGGUGGACUUAUGCGUAAAUAUUGUUUACAACGUUGUGGUCCAAUAUUUACCGAAGUGGUUAAACAACUAAUUUUAUUAGACGAUGACGACGACGACGACAACAACACUGUUGCUGUGACAAAGACAGAUAAACUCGCUGCUCCCUUUAGAAAUCAAAUUUCAACAGCAACAGUAGAAAAACCACUUUACAAGGACGAAGCUAUGAAAGGCUGGCGUUGGAAUUCAGGGAAUGAAAGUCAAAUUAAAAGAUUUAAAGAAUUUAUUGACACAAGAGCCAUUACAGACAUUGAAUAUGAAAACUGGGAUAAAUCAGAAAAUCUUGAAAAAUCAGUUUUUUAUUGUUAUCGUCGACGUGCUCCCAAUAAACCACAAAAACAUCGCUUUAUUUUGUUUUAA